AACACAUGAGCUCUGUGCCACAGGACGCCCCUGAACAUUGUCCAGGGACUAAUAGUGAAGAUGCAGGAAAGGCAUCUGCUUGUGCUGGGUGCCCGAAUCAGCAAGUUUGUGCCUCUGGGGCAACCAAAGCUCCAGACCCAGAUCUUGGUGCUGUGAAAGAACGUCUAGAUACAAUUAAAUAUAAAAUCUUGGUUUUGUCUGGCAAGGGAGGUGUUGGGAAGUCUACAGUUUCAGCUAUGCUAGCUCGUGCCCUAGCUCUUGAUGAGACCAAAGAGGUUGGAAUCCUUGACAUUGACAUAUGUGGACCGUCACAACCCCGUGUCUUAGGUGCAGAGGAAGAAAAGGUCCAUUCAUCUGGGGCAGGCUGGUCACCUGUUUACAUUUCAGAGAACCUUGCUGUGAUGUCAAUAGGCUUCCUUCUGAAUAGUGCAGAUGAUGCUGUCAUAUGGAGAGGACCUAAAAAGAAUGGGAUGAUAAAGCAGUUUUUGCGAGAUGUGGACUGGGAUUCUUUGGACUACCUAGUUGUCGACACUCCCCCAGGGACAAGCGAUGAGCACCUCAGUAUUGUCCAAUACCUAUCAGCAUCACCACCAGUUGCUGCGGUCAUUGUCACAACUCCACAGGAAGUUGCUCUCCUUGAUGUGCGAAAAGAAAUAACCUUUUGCCGAAAGGUGAACAUUCCAAUAAUAGGUAUAAUUGAAAACAUGACUACAUUUGUGUGCCCAAAAUGCAAGACAGAAACAGCAAUUUUCCCAGCAACAACAGGAGGAGGUACCCAGCUGGCUGCAGAAUCAGGUUUACCAUUGUUAGGACAAUUACCAUUAGACCCCAGGAUUGCUCGUGCUUGUGAUCAUGGACAGAAUUUCUUAACAGAGGAACCAGAUGCACCUGCAACUCUGGGUUACAAGGAAAUAGCAAAGAAAAUUAUUGAGUACUGCCAGUCACUGAGUUGAUAGGAAAUAAGAUGAAACAUGCUGGAAGAAAGCAUGCUCAAGGAGAUUUAGGAUAUGAAAAGACCAUCUAAAGACUUUUUAUAUUUCCCAGUUAAUAGUAAUGAAAUAUACAAAUAUGCUUAUG